AUGAGGUCCGUGCGUGACGUUAAGGCCGCGUCCCUAGUGCCGUGUCGGAGCGUGGUCUGCCCCACCCUCACUGGGGGUCGCACCCACACGCUGUGGCUGGGGCUGAGCUCACGGAUUUACUGGACUGAGUCCCAGCGGACCCGCGACGGGUUGCUCUUGUUACCAGCGCUCUCAGGCAGGGGUUACUUUGUUGCCAGCGGUUACUUUCGCGCACCUCGGAACUUCUUUCUGUACAACCUGGCUGCCCGGUCCAGGAUGACAGGGUCCCGCAACUGGCGAGCCAUGCAAGAUAUGUGCAGGUACCGGCACCACUACCCGGAUCUGGUAGAAGGAGACUGCAAUGGUGAUAUGCCGAACCUGAGUUUCUACAAAAAUGAGAUCCGCUUCCUGCCAAACGGCUGUUUCAUUGAGGACAUUCUUCAGAACUGGAAGGACGACUACGACCUGCUCGAGGACAAUCACUCUUACAUCCAGUGGCUGUUUCCUCUGCGGGAACCAGGCGUGAACUGGCAUGCCAAGCCCCUCACGCUCAGGGAAGUUGAGGAAUUUAAAAGCUGCAGGGAGGCCAAGGAGCGGUUUGUCCGGGCCUAUGAGCUCAUGCUGGGGUUCUACGGGAUCCAGCUUGAGGACCGAGACACGGGUACAGUGCACCGAGCUCAGAACUACCAGAAGCGCUUCCAGAACUUGAACUGGCACAGCCACAACAACCUCCGGAUCACACGAGUCCUCAAGUCCCUGGGAGAGCUGGGCUUUGAGCACUUCCAAGCACCACUGGCCCGCUUCUUCCUGGAGGAGACGCUGGUGUGGCGGGAGCUGCCAGGCGUGCGCCAGAGCGCGCUCGACUACUUCGUGUUCGCUGUGCGCUGCCGGCGCCAGCGCCGCGAGCUGCUGCGCUUUGCCUGGGAGCACUUCCAGCCUCGCUGCAAGUUUGUCUGGGGGCCCCACGACAAGCUGCAGAGGCUUAGGCCCAGCUCUCCGCCCCACCCGCCGGGGGGCCCCGUCCACAAGGCUGGCUCCCAGGGCCAGACCUGCAGGCCAGAGAGGAGUGAGGGUGGGGACAGUGAGGCCGAGAGUCCCCAGCCGCCGAGCACAGAGCCCCAGGAUGUAGGAACCCUGGAGAGGGACCAGGGAGAUGAGGCUAGGGCCCACGGGGAGGAUGGGCCAGAGCCCCUGAGCCCCAAAGAGAGCAAGAAGAGGAAGUUGGAGGUGAACCGGCAGGAGCAGGCCUCCGGAGAGCCUGGCCCCCAGAACUCCUCAGAGGUGGAGAAGAUCGCCCUGAACCUGGAGGGGUGCGCGCUCAACCAGGGCAGCCUUGGGGAGGGGACCCAGGAAGUGAGCAGUCAGGAUCCGGAGGAGGCCGAGCAGCCCUGCCCCCAGACCCCGGGGGCCAGGGUGGUUGAUGAGGUGAGGAAGCGGAGGAAAGUGGAUGAGGGUGCUGGGGACAGUGCUGUGGUGGUGGCCAGAGGUGGUGCCCAAAUACAGGCCCCUGCCUGGCCGCCUGCUCCACUGGAGUGCUCCAAGGCUGAGGAGGGUGAGAACAGGGUCCAGGAGGACACAGAAGGCCAGGUAAAGAUGGAGCAGGGUGCCCCCAGGAGCCCAUCAGAGGGCCCAGGCCCCAACAUCAAAGGACCCAUGAGGGACGGGAGGGCUGAGGCGGGGGACAAGGGAGCAGAGGCGGUGGACGACGGGAGGGCUGCAGUGGGGGAUGGGAGGGUUGAGGCGGGAGACAAGGGAACUGAGGCGGUGGACGAUGGGAGGGCCGAGGCGGGGGAUGGGAGGGCUGAGGCAGGGGCAGGACCUCCCUGCAAGCCCGGGCAGCCUUAAGGAGGGGAGCCACACACUCCUCGGCUCUGCCCCACCCUGCUGCAUGAAGAGCCGUCUGGGAGCCACACUGGCAGCUCUCUCAGUGCCCAGCAGUGCCAGCCUCUCCCUGGUGGUCACUGCAGCGGCCGCCAGCAGGACCAAGGCCCCACCCUCAGGGAAGGCCCUGGCCUUCAGAACCUCAACCUCAUCUUCCCCAGCCAGCUCUCCUCUCUGUCCCCUGAUCUUUGUAAAUUGACCCUAAAGGUUGGGGGCGGGGGGGGCGGGGCUCAUUUUCUUAGUCUGGUGCCAAGCGAGGCCUUUUCUGAAUAAAUCCAUUUGGCUUUGA